AUGGCUGCAAUUUCAGCUCUCCAUAUCUUUGCCAUUUCCAUCCUCAUUUCCUUUAUGGCUAUUCAAUUCACUCUUGCUGAAGAGUACGAAUUUGUUAAAUCCAUUGAUCGGAAAGCAAUCAAACUGACAAAACAAAAGCUAAGCCAUUUUAGGUUCUUUUGGCAUGACAUUGUUAGUGGACACAAUCCAACCUCAAUUACAGUGGUUCAACCACCAAAAAACACUACAACAUUUGGAGUUCUGAAUGUUGUUGAUAAUCCACUAACUCUGGGACCAGAGCUUAGCUCCAAGAUGAUUGGAAGAUCUGAAGGAUUUUAUGCAUCGACUUCCCUAGAGGAGGUGGCUUUGUUGGUGACCAUGAACUUCGUUUUUCAUGAAGGUAAGUAUAAUGGGAGUACAAUCACCGUACUUGGGAGGAAUCCGGUAUUCGACAAGGUGAGGGAGAUGCCGGUAAUUGGUGGAAGUGGGCUUUUCCGAUUUGCUAAUGGUUAUGCUCAGGCUAGAACUUACACCUUUGAUCCCAAUACUCGUGAUGCUACCGUUGAGUAUAACAUAUUUGUAAUGCAUUACUGA